AUGGCUACACUCUGGAUCUAUGAUUAUGCUUGUUCAUUUCACGAAGAGUUGACGUUCCUGUUUCGAUCGCGCUGGACCAAGGUUAAAGGCCUUUAUGUUAUUGCACGAUAUGUCCCCUUUCUCAUCCUCAUCACGCACCAGUAUUUGUAUCUCACCCCGAAUGAACAUACCAAUAAAUGCGGGAUGGUGAAGAGCAUCUACUUCGGUUUAAGUGUCAUAUCAAUCGCUUGUUCUGAAUUCUUGUAUUUGCUCAGAACAUAUGUGCUCUGGAACAAGAAUGGAAUCGUACUCACAGCCAUGUUGCUGGUUGUAGAUGCAGUGCAGGUUGUGACAGUUGCAGCGAUCGCUGUUGACGUUGUCACUGUUGACGUCUCACAUGUUGCGAUCAACAUGAUGCAGGGCACCCAAGGCUGCUACCGGACCUUAUCUGGUGUCCAAAUUUCCAUAACGUUUGUUCUCUUGUUUGGGUUUCAACUAGGACUCGCCCUCCUCACAUUCAUACGUGCCGUACAGAGGUGGCGGGCGGUGAAUUGCCCUCUGUACGACGUCCUGGUGAAGCAUAACAUAUUUUACUAUACAUGCGGUCUGCUCCUCUCAGCCAUUAACGUCCUAACGCAGACGUUGUUGUCAAAAACUGCAUACCCCCUUGUCUGCGAAGAUUUCCAAUUCUACUUCCUCGCGAUCUUGGCCACGCGCAUGCACCUCUUUCUCUGGCAGGCCGACCAGCAGACGCAUGGCUCUGACACUCUCGUACAUAUUCCUAUGUCCGACGUGUCACCUGCAGACUCUGCAGUUACUACAGUGUGAUGUCUCAUCGCAUGGUUUAUUCGGCGUCGUUCGUGGAGUGAGGCUUGGACUGAACGAGAUGGUCGUGGGGUGGUUUUGUCAGGUCGAGAUGCGCUUAAGUUAUAGGACUGCAUUUUUUGUCGUACACAGGCGGGAGGUACAUUUGGAUGGACUGGUCUAUUUAUCAUCCAUGGGUACUGCGAGCAGAUAACAAUCAGAAUUUAGGAUUCAAACGUGGAGCCAGAAGCACGGCAUGAUGGCAAUGUUCAGUAGUGAAAAUGACUUUAGCACAUCAAGAUCCUAAAACCUCACCGGGACCCUUUUUUUCCGAACCGAAAGCGUCUUCGUGCACUGGUCAUAUAUUCCAACGUGACGAAAUCCUUUUGAGUCCCUGGUGCCGCGGUGUGAAAUUCAGAAUGUGGUAAGCAGCACUGUAAUACUGUGUGCGAGUUUUAUUGGUCUAAUGAUAGCUCCAGAAG